AUGCGCACAUACCACCACAUAAAGUGCUUGCUCACCUUCGCGCCGUACACUCCGACCCUCCUCUACCCGAAUGGUUUAUUCAUCAACAGUACAUUAUGUUACACCCUAAUAAGUCCCAUCAAAGCCCGUAGCGCCGUAGGUCUGGCAUUCGCCGUGAUGUUUGCCUUAACCCUAAUUUUUACAUUCAUCAAUUUGACCAAGCACGGCAAGUUAUAUCUACUGGUGGAAAAGAGAUUAUAUCUUAUAAGCAGGCGUUGGCAAUGGUAUUGGGCCAUAUUCGGGGCUAGCGCCGCCUUGAUAGGGCUAUUUACCGGCUUCGAUGUCGACCGGUUCUACCUCCCCCGAACUUCCAAUCGUCUUGAACAAUUUCUUCUGGAAGCCGUUCGCCAUUGGGGAAGCUGGAUGGAGAGGCAAUACAUCAACCCAAGCUCCUUCCUGCCGUUAUUCUUCUAUCUAUGGUUAUGGACGAACUUCUUUUUGAUUAUACCUCGAAACUGGGGCAAUAUUAAACUCCAGCGUUCUCCAAAUCAGACUGCCGAGUUUGCUGCCCCAAUAAGUACCGAUGCCCGGUUCAAAGCAGCAGCAUUCUGUUCUAUGCCCUUCCGAUUUGUGCUCCUCAUAUCACUUUCCCUGACAGUCGUGGCAUAUCAAACCAUGUACGUUGGUGGAUAUGCGCCGGCCUUGUUGAUUCUGACAAUCCAAAAUAUCGCUGGCCUUAUACGGCCCAACGAGGAUCAAGCUCUCAUCCAGCAGCGUAGGCUGCGCAGUGCGGCUAUCAAUCAAGAAUUGGGUCUCGUACGGAGGCCAGCAUGGUGGAAGCGCAUAAAUGGCGAUACCAAUACCUUGAGCAUGAGGGAUCGGAUCAUGCGCAACGUUCGCGAGGUCGGUGGUGGGCAUCCUACCUUGAGAAACGUCGAAGCUGCUGCUGCAACGAGAGCGAGAGAGAUAAAGGCCAUUGCCGUUGCGGCGCCUAUCGAGAUGAAUGAGAUGAAACGCACCAACAGUAUCUCGAGCAGCAUCCGCACAAAUGGGCAGCGACCUCCUCCACCCUACACACCGUAUUCUGGUAGGUCGAAUGCACGGAGUUCGGACCGGGCGGUGCAGUUGGCCGCAGGGCUGUUGUUUCCAAGUGCAUCACCGAUAGUGGAAUCACUCAACGGUUCUGUGCCAGCGAACGCCAUUAGCGGACGAAGCUCACAGCAUCGUCCUGGAACUAAUGAAAGAAACAGGAGUACCACUAGUGGUGCUUCAUUAACUGCUCAGCCUCAGCAGAUCAAGAGCAUGUUGGAUGUAUAG